GCAGGAAGUUCCUCCUCCCGGGCCGGGCCGGGCCGGGCGGCGGUGGCGGGGCCGGUGGCGGUGCCGGUGCCAUGCGCGGCGGGAGCGGCGGCGGGGGCGGCCGCGCCGGGUCUGCUCGGGAGCCGCCUGCCCGGGGCCGCCGAGCCCCGCUCGGGCUGCGGGAGGGAGAUGCGGACGCUGCGGCUGCUCCUCUUCCUCCUCCUCUUCGUCCUCCUCCUCGCCGCCGGUACCGGGGCCAACGGGAGCGGCGCAGGUGACAGCUCGUGGCAGCGCCGCACAGAACCGCAACACUCCUGGCGUGUCACCCCGCGGGUCCUGCGGGACAAUCGGACACUCAGCUUGGCGGAGGCGACCCAGGGGGGGUUUCCUGCCCGGCUGCGGGUCCUGCUGGAGCUGGAGGGGACGCGGUUGGUGCUGGAGCUGGAGCAGAACUGGGAUCCGGUGCUGGGCGCCGGGGUGCUGCUCUACUACCUGCCCAACGGCACGCGGGCGGCGCAGGAGGCCAGCGAGCAGGAACGUUGCUGCUACCGAGGGACGGCCCGUGGCUUCCCCGGCUCCUGGGCCAAGCUCUGUGCCUGCGCUGGGCUCAGCGGCCACGUCCGGCUGGCGGCCACCAGGAGCUACGGGCUGGAGCCGGAUGCUGGUGGCUCCCCGGGGCACCACGUCGCCUACCGGCUGCGGGAAGCCCGGCUGGCGCCGCGGGCCUGCGGGCAGGGGGCCCCGGACCCCCCCCAGGUGGAGGUGGAGGAGACAGAGCCCCCCCGGUUGCAGAGAGCCAAGCGGGCGGCAGAGCAGCGCUUCGUGGAGCUGGUGAUGGUGGUUGACCACGCCGCGUUCCAGAAUUACCCCGACCUGCAGCGUGUCCACACCCGCACCCUGGAGAUCGCCAACCAGGUGGACGCGUUCUUCCAGCCGCUGGGGGUGCGGGUGGCCCUGCUGGCGGUGGAGGUCUGGAGCGACGGCGACCGCUUCGCGGUGGGCGGCAGCGCCCGGGCGACGCUGGAGCGGUUCCUGCGCUGGCGCUGGGAGGAGCUGCUGCCGCGGCUGCCCCACGACAACGCGCAGCUGCUCACGGGCGUCCGCUUCGACGACGUCUCGGUGGGGAUGUCGGCCCAGAGCUCCAUGUGCUCCCCCGCGCGCUCCGGGGGGGUCAGCACGGACCACUCGGUCAGCGUCCUCGUCGUCGCCUCCACCGUGGCGCAUCAGCUGGGACACAACCUGGGCAUGCGCCACGACAGCGCCGGGCGCUUCUGCCACUGCGGCGACCUCCGGCAGGACCGCGGCUGCAUCAUGGCGGCACCCACGGGGUUGACACCCGGUCUGAGCUUCAGCAACUGCAGCCGGCAGGACCUGGCGCGCAGCCUGCGGCAGGGUCGCGGCUGGUGCCUGUCCAACGUCCCCGAGCCGCGGCCCGUGGCCAGCGAGCCCCUCUGUGGCAACGGCUUCUUGGAGCCGGGCGAGGGCUGCGACUGCGGCCUCAGCUUGGAGUGCGCCGAUCCCUGCUGCAACAGCACCAGCUGCCAGCUGAUGCCGGGGGCCGAGUGCGCGGCGGGGGACACGUGCUGCCAGGACUGCCGGCUGCGUGGCGCCGGUCACCCGUGCCGGGAACCCCUGGGUGAGUGUGACCUGCCUGAGUUCUGCGAUGGGGUGUCACCGCACUGCCCCCCCGACGCCUUCCUGCAGGACGGGCAGCCCUGCGCCGGCGGCACCGCGCUGUGCCACGGCGGAGCCUGCGCCACCUACGAGGGACAGUGCCAGCAGCUGCUGGGGACAGGCGCAGGGCCCGUCACCGAAUCCUGCAUGGCCACGCUGAACGCGCGCGGGGAUGAACGCGGGCACUGCGGGCAGCUCCCCAACGGCUCCUACGUCGCCUGCGCCCCGCGCGAUGCCGGCUGCGGGAUGCUGCAGUGCCGGCGUGCCGGCACCACGGGGGACGCGUCCUGCCAGGGGACCCUCCUGCCCAGGGACGAGGACGUGAGCGACGCGGCCAUGGUGCUGCCCGGCACAGCCUGCGGGCCCGGCAAGGUGUGUCUCCAGCACCGGUGCCAGGAUGUCGCAGCGCUGGGCGACCAGCAGUGCCAGAGCAAGUGCCACGGGCGCGGGGUGUGCAACAACCACGGGCACUGCCACUGCGAGCGCGGCUGGGCCCCCCCAACCUGCGAGAGCCCUGGCGCGGGGGGCAGCGAGGACAGUGGCCCCCCCACCCCGCAGCGAGGGGGGAGCGCCCUGCCCACCGCCCUGCUGCUGAGCGCGCUGCUGGUGCUGGCGCUGGCGCUGGGGCUGUGCCGCGCCCGCCGCGCCGGCUGGCACAAGCGGCUGUGCCAGCUCGGCAAGGGGACGUCGUGCCAGUACAGCGCUGAGACCCGGGUGCGAUUCCUGGGUCCAGAAGCCCCAGCCGGCCGGAGCGGGAUCUCGCAGCCACAGCCCCGCUCGGGCAGCCCCCCCGCGCGCCCCCGGCCCCCGCGGUGGCAGCGGGCCACGGAGCUGCAGGACAUGCACGGCAGCAAGCCGGCUGCCCGCGGCUCGGCGCGGCCCGACCCGCCGUCCCGGCCCCUCCCGCCGGACCCUCCGCCCAAGGACAGGCCGCCCCCCCCCACACGCCCGCUGCCCGCGGACCCCGUGCUGCCCGGCGCUCAGCCCCCCGGUCCGGCCAAGCCCCCCCCGCCUCAGCGCCCGCUGCCCUUGGACCCCCCGGGGCCUUCGCUCCCCUGCGGUGAGACCCCCCCCGGUCACCCCUAUGUCACCGUCAUUCCCUCCAGAGCGCCCCCCCCGCCGCCCGCGGGCACGCAGCGGGAGGCCUGAGCCCCGGGCCGCGACCGUCGCAGCGCAGGAGCCGCCGGGAAGAGCCCCGCCGCUUGUCCCCCCCGCACCGACGCCAAUAAAGGGGCUUGGAGCCGC